AUUUCACGAGAUCCCGUUUGCUCCAUCGUCCACAAUCAUGGCGGACUACAAGGAGGCGCCCUUGGCUUCUCGGCCAAAAACACUGGACCCAAACGAGUACUUUAACCUCUCUCUGGAGUACCGCCGGGCCGAAGAGCAGAGGUCGGCUAUGCGGUCCAACCUGAAGCUCCAGUACCAGACUCAGCUCAACAACCCGCACAGAAAGGCCCUCAUUGAAGACCCGGCCCUGAAUCGCUGGAUGUACGCCCGGUCCCACACCUACCCUCACUUCAAGGCCACAUUCAAGACCUCUCUGACUGGGCUCCUGUUUUCAGUGGUGCCUAUCUUUGCCUUUUACUACCUCUUCAAGACAGACAGGGACAAGAAGGAGGCGGAUAUUAAAGCUGGAAAGUACGACCGCCGGUUCGCUCUGUCAUCAUGAGCUGCGCUGAGCCCUUCAUGCUCUAGUGAUGCCAGUGUCUGUAAUUAUUAUUAUUAACUGAAUAAAAUUAUAUUGUCAAAAACA